CUGUCAACUGUCAGAGAAAUUUGGCGGGAGACCGCGCUCUACAUCAUAAACUGAUCACAGUGAAAGAUCUGCUUUCGAAGGGAAAAAACAAAAUUCUUUCGUUUGAAUCUUUCCUCUCAUCGAUUUCAUUUUUCCUCGUUUUCCACAACUAAACAUCCGUAGAAAUGUAUGGCAUGCAAAGCCAAUCUGAUGGAGGUUCUCUGUUUUCUGGAGGAGGUUUUAUGCCUUCACAGGCUACUCAAGUUAACGAAGGCGGGUUUUCAUCUGCCAGGAAAACCGGUAAUAGUACAGGGCUUCUCCCUUUGACAGUGAAGCAGAUAAGUCAGGCGACCCAGAAACAUUCGGAUGACAGUUCGAAUUACAUAAUCGAUGGAGUGGAUGUUAACAACGUAACCCUGGUUGGAAUGGUUUUUAACAAGGAAGAAAGAAUAACCGACGUAUCGUUUUAUUUGGAUGAUGGUACAGGGAAAAUCGAAGUAAAAAGAUGGGUUAAUGAUGCGAUGGAAUCUACAGAGAUGGCUGUUGUACAGAAUGGUUCCUAUGUGCGUGUACAUGGUCAUUUGAGGAGCUUCCAGAACAAGAAGCAUGUGAAUGCUUUCUCUGUGAGGCCUAUCACUGAUUUCAACGAAAUAACUUUCCAUAACUUGGAAUGCAUUUUUACACGUCUCUACAAUCUUAAAGUUCAGGGUGGAGGUGUCACUCAAACUCCUACAAGCCCAAUUGUUAAGGGUUCUCCGAUGGGACCGCCUGGCGUGGCAAGUCACACUGCUGGCGUAAAUCAAUUCACAAGCCCUGGUCCUGUUUCUAUGGUUGCAUCGAAAGAAGAUUUACAUAGAAGAGUUCAAAACAUAUUUGAGGAACCUGCAAAUCUAGCUAUAGAACAAGGAGUUCAUGUGGACGAAGUUGCAAGGAGAUUGCCUGGUUCCACAAAGAAACAGAUCAUGGAUGCGAUUGCUUUCCUGUCCAAUGAAGGCUACAUCUACUCAACUAUUGAUGAAUAUCACUUCAAAUCUACUAAUGCGUAAAAGAAUGAUAUUCAAGUUUGAUUGAAUUCUAUGAUAUGGGUAUUUAUAUUUGACUGACAGCCAAAGUGUAUAUUAUUUGUUUUAGUUCGCUGUAGACCUCAUACCAUUACCAUUGUUAUCAUCGCUCGAGUAGUUGCAUAACAUUUUUUUUUUGUAUAGAACGUUAAGCACAGUAUGUUUGAACGACCAGAAACUAAAAUGUGUAUUCGAGAAGGUUUGUUUGAAUUUCUUAGAUUAAAAUUGGUUGAUCUCAUAAACUGACAGAUGUAAUAAAAACAACUGUCAGUUCCCUGUAGCUUAUGUUGCAAAUGUUUAAGAUAACAGAUUAACUACUUAAUGUUGUAGGCUCCAACGCUGGCUAAUUUGGAAUAGCCUGAUGUUCAUGCUACUACUUCAAUCUAUGAAUAUCUUCAGUGAAUUUAAUUGGAGCAAAACUGCAAGGAAAUGAGGAUUCAGUGUUUUCUCUUUCA